AUGACUUUCCUCCAAGGCCAGUGUGACGAUGACUGCUAUUCUCCCUGCAAUUACGGGAGCCUGUACAGCUACCGGAGCUACGACUGUGGGAGCCCUUGUGGCUACCGGGGCUACGGGGGCCUCUAUGGCUCCCGGAGCCUCUACGGCUUUGGGGACCGGUAUGGCUAUGGCAGUCUCUACGGCUACCGGGGCAUUUAUGGCUCUGGGGACUGCUAUGGCUCUGGGGGUCUGUAUGGUGGCUAUAGGGGCUUCUAUGGCUCUGGGGACUGCUACAACUACCCAGGCUUUUAUUCUGGCCGCUACGGCUCCCCCUUCGGUUAUCGAUAUGGCCAAAGGUUCGGCUACGGGAGCUGCUACCCCUGCUAA